CGGUAAGCAUCAAAACGAAAGUAGGAAUGGCGGGAAAUAUGUCACAGUUCUAGUUAAACAUAACAACAUGAAGUUUAGAGGGAAAAUCGUUGAUAUAGGAUGUAUUCACCAUUUCACAAGAGUGAUAGGAACUCUCUCAAAACUAAUUAAAAGUUGUGUCUUGAGAAUAACCCCUGGCAACUGGUAUUUUAUACUUGCUGAAAAGCUGGCUAAUGGAGGAAUCCAGAUCUGGUGUGAACUACCUCAGGGUCAUUUCUUUGACGAAUAUGCAAUGGAAGGUGUUUCUAAGGAAGCUAAUGAGAUUUACUUAGAGGUUGCUCCAGAUAAUAUUGUUAAAGCACUAAAAACAGCUAGCAAUGCCAAGUGGAUCAAGAUUAAAUUGACAAAAAAACAUGUCCCUUGUCUUACUUUUGAAAUUGAUCAGCCAACCCUCAGUUCCCACAGCAGAACAGUAGUCCAUGAUGUUCCAGUUUCUGUUAUACCCAGAAGAUUAUGGGAAGACUAUGAAGAACCAGAACUUCCACACUUUGAUGUCAGUAUAGCUAUGCCACAGAUGAAGUUAUUGAAGAAUAUGAUAGAUAAAAUGAAGAAUCUCAGUAAUCACAUGGUUCUAUCAGCCAAUCAGAAUGGAGAGAUGAAAUUAAGUGUAGAGACGGACAUGGCAGCAGUCAGUACACAUUUCAGAGACCUGAUCAACCCUUCUACUUUAGACCAAGUACCAAGUUCUCAUGACAGUUCUCCAGAAAGGGUAAAAGAUCCCAAUGAGUUCAGCAAGGCCAGGAUAGAUAUCAGAAAAUUUGCCCAGUUUCUAUCAGGACAGCUGGUUAAUCCAACUAAAGUUAUAUGUAAUAUUGUUCACAACAAAGUUGUCCAUUUCCUUCUGCUGAAUGAAGAUGUCUCAUUACAGUAUUUUAUGCCAGUUGUAGCUUCAUGAUAUAGGAAAAGAAGUGUCGUCUGGUUGUGUGAAGAGAGACAACCUGGUAUUGAUGAUUUUCAAAUUGUGUCAAGGGAGAUAAUUAUGUAAAGGGAGAUAACUGGGUAUUGAUGAGUUUCAAAUUGUGUCAAGGGAGAUAACUGGGCAUUGAUGAUUUUCAAAUUGUGUCAAGGGAGAUAAUUAUGUAAAGGGAGAUAACUGGGUAUUGAUGAGUUUCAAAUUGUGUCAAGGGAGAUAACUGGGCAUUGAUGAUUUUCAAAUUGUGUCAAGGGAGAUAAUUAUGUUAAAUUUACAAGUUGAAGUAUGCUUAGGUGGCAGAAACCAAUUAUUUUACAAUAAAUCUUUAGAAUUUCAUGGAUUUAUGAUUUUAUUUUCUUGAAAAUUCAGUCAAGCUUUUAUACAAAUAAAAAGUAUGGUUUCAAGGAACUAAGAUGUGUGCGUGCUGAUGUAAAUAUAUAGAAAACCUUUAAAUUUGGGUGUCUGUCCAGCAUGGAGAUUUUAAAAUUUAUAAAUGCAUUGCAAAUAAGGCAAAAAAUGUGAUUCUCUGAUACAAAUAUAAUUCUCACCUGCAGAAUCCUGGUAAAAGCCAACAGAAUUUUAGGCAAAAUUCAAGAGAUAAAGGAUAUUUAGUGAAUUGGAGCCUUGUCAGAACCUAUCAUUACCAUCAAAAUCUUAAGAUAUGUUUGUUUACAGAAAAAUUAGUAUUUUCUCCACUAUGAUUGGAUGCUGUCAAGUGAGGAAACCACAAUUUUGACAUCUGAUUGGACUCAUGUGUGAAGGAAAUCCCCAACCUGUGUAUGCAACUACUUACUUGUGUAGUACACUAGCCUAGAAUUUACAUUCAUUUAUUUUUUUAGUCCACAUGAUGCAAUUAUAUACCUCAAUGCUUAACUAUAACAAAAUUUCUGUGUGGGACACAUGUUCUGGUACACCAAAACUGGUACCUGCCACCUUUACAUAACUAAUACUGUUUCAUAAUACCUUCUAUCAAAAUGAUUUUACACAAAAGGGAAAAGAAAAAUAUAAUCUGUUCAUUGACAAUAUAUAGUUCAUAGAAAACUGUUGAUAUUGUGUAGAGUUUGAAAAAAAAAAUAUUCAGAACUCUGAAACAGAUCUUCAAGCUGUUAAAGCUUGGUUAUAAUGGUGAAAAACUUCAAUACCUUUUUUGUACUUGGUUUCUAUUUGCAUUGAUGUUCCAUAUAACAUUGAUUGAAUAACAAUGAGUCAUAAACUUUAAUCAUUGAAACAAGUUGUGAAAAGAUUAAUGUUGUUCAGUUUCUAUUGUAUGAGUGAAAGGAGAAAAGACAUGUAGAAAAAAUGAACUUAUACUGUUAAUGAUAUUUAUUUUAUAUUAUUACUUAACUUGUAUUAUUUAGUACUUGUUGCAAUGUUGUUGAAUAAAUUACAGAGCUUAA